AUGAGCUUAACAUAUGCUUUGAGAAACCUCAACCAUGAAGAUAUCGACAUUAUAUACCGCGCCUUACCCUUCAUUAAAACCUUGUCACCAAGCAAGGGAACACAUGCAACACCACUUGACAGAAGACAAGCAGCUUUGGCAGAAGCUUUGACACUUGCUCGUGACAGUUUUUCAUUAACACAUGAAUCACUGCGUCGCAAAAACAGAGCAAGCAGGGCUAUGCAUGAGAGUGAAGAUGAAAGUGGUUAUGAAGAAGAAGAAAAAGGACAAGAGGACAACGAGAGUGAUGAAGAAACAAGAGUUUUUUAUACAACUAAACAGAAACCGUUAAAAAGACUACUUGAUAGAGUCAUUACAAAUCCAAGUAAAACGGUUACAACCAUCCAGAACAAGACGUACCCCGCACAAGCCCCUCCUUCUCCAGGAAGGUCGCCACCACCGCGCGACGAUUCGUUGGCAUACCAGCGCAAGUUAAUGGUGGUAGGUAGUAAUAUUUCUAGCCGCAGGGACACGGAAGAUGAUGACGUUGGUAAUGAACAGAAUUUACGGGGGGGUUUCUACAAAACAGAAACAAGGGAGAGAGGCCUGCGGACUAGAGACAAUGAUAAUGAAGAUGAAGAUGAAGAUGAAGAUGAAGAUGAAGAUGAAGAUGAAGAUGAAGAUGAAGAUGAAGAUGACAAAGACGAUGGCAAUGACGAUGACGACAUUAGAAUUGAAAACAAGGCCGGCUUUAAGGGAAAAUCUCCGCGCAAAUCCAUUUCAACCCCGGAUUUGAGCAGUCUCGUGGACCGGGCAAGAGGGCGCGUGGCUGGUGCGGCGGCAGUUGCGGCGGCGGCAGCAGCGGCGGGGAGCAAAGAAGGGCCUGGCGAUGGUGGGGUUGUCAAAGACUCUGGUCACCAUCAUGGUACUACUACUACUACUACGGAUACUGGGCAACCCCCACAUUUUCAUCAGCAUCUUUAUCAGCAUAGGCAGAAGCAGAAGCAAAAACAGAAACAGAAACAGAAACAGAAACAAAAGCAAAAGCAAAAACAAAAGCAUAAGAAGCAACAGAAGCAUCAGAAACAUCAGAAACAUCAGAAGCAUGACCUAGUUGCAAACUCAGGGAUGAAAGAUGAGUUGCUUCCACCAGGAAUUAUUCCAAUUACAGGGACAGAUGAAUACAACUCUCCAAGUACGCUGGCUAGUAGUAAGCGGCAAUACCAGCUGUCACCUGGAUCCCAACAUCAUUAUCACCAGCAACAGCAACAGCAACAGCAACAGUUUAUGAGAGGAAAAAAUCAGCGAGAUGGUUGGGGGAGGUAUGCUCCGAUUGAGUAUGUACGUCCAGGCGAUGGGCUUUUUUCAUCCACAUCAUCAUCAUCAUCCGAUGGAAUCUCUUCUUCUUUUUCAUCUUUUUCUUCUUCUUCAACAGCUUCUACUUCUACUUCUUUUUCUACUUCUUCUUCUACUUCUUUUUCUACUUCUUCUUCUUUUUCUUCUUCUCAACUGUCGUUUGUUUCAGCUCAGGAACGGGCUCAAAGAAGAUACGGAGUACAUGGCCAAACCCCUCCUCAACAUGGGACUUAUACCCACGGUAAACGGCGGCGAAAUACCAAAGAACGUAAAUUACCACCCACGCCGGCUUCUUCUCUCUCACCACCACCACCACCACUACCAACACCAUUAUCAGAACCACCACUUGGUAAUAUAAAUGCACAAAAUGAAGUAGCAGCCAAAGCAUCAAGAAUAGCAACUCGACGAGCUGACCUUAAAGCGCUUGUUCAGACCAUGUUUGCAGUACCUCCAACGGUGCCUCCAUAUGAUCCUGUACGGGAUUAUCUUCCAACAUGGCUUAUACGGACAUAUAAUUACUGGCGAUGGACAUUGCGUGUUCCAGCACAUGAUGUGCCUCAGAGGUAUGCUGUUUGGAUCAGUUUACAUUUACGGCAUGCAACGUUAUGGUACCAUAUUGAGGAUUUGGCUGUUCUUGCAGAUGCUGGGGGGUUUAAAAAUUCUCCGGAUGUAAAUGGGUAUAUAUUGAGACGGGCUGCUGGGCAUAUUAAAGUUCAGGAAGAGAUUGCAAGAUUAGAGUUUAAUGUUCUUGUUCAGCCGGAGCAUGAUGUUCCUGUUCUUGUUUUUAAUGCAACGUUUAGGAGAAUUUUUGAAAAGGUGCGUCACUUUUAUCACCCGGACCGACUAGCGGUGCAAUAUUAUGAUAGAGUGGCAGCUCGGGUCCGCAAGAAGUUGGAUGUAUCAUUUGUAGAGAGGUAUAAUAAUAAUGGUGGGGGGUUAAUAACUAGGGGGGUAGUUAGAGGUGGUAUAGAAGAAGAGAUUAAUGAAGAUGGAAAUGGAAAUGGAAAUGGAGGGGUUAUUGUUGGGUCUAAAGGAUUUAUUGCAUUGGAAGAAUUGAUGACAUUGGCAGAAAAGGCCGAUGACACGUACCGGCCAAAGUUAGGAGGAGAAAUAAAGCAACAACAUCAUGCAUUUUUAGGGCAGUUGUUGGGCCGACAUAAGCGGAGGAAGGAGCCUAAAUAA